AUGAACCCUACCGUACCACGUGGCACUGAGUGGGGGCUGGUGCACUGCGACUUCUUCCACCACGCACGCGCCAACACAUCGAGACUCUUGGUGUCUCACCGCACCACGGACACUGUCGGACAGAUGCUGAUGUCGUUGAAGGACGGCCUGCUAACAUCGGCACCCUCCAAGAAGCCGCACGUCAAUGGGGGCACGGCCUAUACAGCGCCCUCCGCGACCGCCGAAAAGGCAUCGCGGGGCACGGAGAGGCGUCACCAAGCUGCUCCAGUGACGGACUACAGUUGUGUGGACAUGGAGGGGAUGCAGAAAAACGACUCCAAGUUUGUACCGUCAGUACCGCGGUCAGCGCAAGCCCAGGAGGCAUCUGUGCCAACACCACCUUCACCACCAGCAUCGGCAAGUCAGGCAGAGACGAGUGCUGCCAAAGAUGCAGAGGGCUUCCUUUCACACAACGCGCCGCCGCCGUCCUCGUCGGCUCUCUUCGUCGUCGACAAGCACUCAUCAGCCUCAACGGUGCGCCCUUCUCUGCCAACACGAGUGCCGCAGAACGAGCCACCUGUGCCGGUGAGUCCUCUACAGACAGCAACCGCGUCGGCCAGGCACUGGCAAUGGACACCGCCGCGGCACACCGUCGACAAUGCCUUCGUGCGCCGCCAGCUUGCCCUUCUGGCGCACCGACGGGUGCUAGCGCUUCUGGACCCCCAUGCCCUCGCCUGCGGCAGCUACAUCUCCAUGUUCUCCUCUGGCGCCGAGUACAGCCGUCUCACUCGAUGCUUCCGUGCAGUGGCAGUGGCGAAGAAAGACGUGGUGAGCUCGUGGGUGUCACUAGCGCACUGCGCGGCGCUAUGCAUUCUCCUGCCGCGCACCAUGGAUGAGAAGGUACAACUGGCGAUGACCUCCAAGGGAAAUGUUGCGCUCCGCGAUGUCCCUACCGAAACGGGCAGCCGGGGCCACAUCAGAUCCCGUUGCCACAAUCGGAAGGAGUUCAGUGGACGUACUGAACCAGAUGUGCCUGCGCGUGUGAGUGAGGCCAUGUGUGGUGUCUACGUGCACCGCGUCGCUGACAAUGCCUUUGAGCUUGGCGUGGUCAUGCACGGCGGCCAUCAGGACUCACGACUGCUCUGCCUCCUUCGGUGCUUGUCGCACUGGUGCCAAGUUGUAAUUGACCACCGCAGUGUUGUCCUGCCCAUCUGCGCCUCCCUGCGCGCUGUCUCGCUGCGCCUGUGGUGGGUGCCGCAGCACGGCCGCGUGACGCCAGGCUCCCUCCUUCCGCCGCUCAAGGCGUUCGUGGAGGAAGGCCGGCGCAGCUUCUUCGCGGCUACACGCAGCGGCAUCGCUGAGUGUGACGACGUUCCUGGCGGGGUGUGCCAAGUGCAGUCGUCCACGCGGCUAGAGGAAGAUGCUUUUCCACUGUUCCCCUCUUACGACGAUGUCGUGCUCUUCCUCGUACGUCCUGUGGCCUCACAGCUACGUGGCACCAACGUGCUGCGGCUCCCGCACGCCUUUGGCGAGUACGUCAUGGACCAACAAUGGGGUGCCACCAACGAGGCGGUGGAGUACCGAGUGGCGGUCCCAGAUGAUGCCUCAGAGGCAGGGAAUGACAAUGGGUGUGCGCAUCGGCUCUUCCUUCGCACGUCAGGGGUACGAGAAUUGGUGCGGCUCUCCAACGGUGCGGUGCAGGCCACAUUGGUGUUUGCUGACGCCAGGGUGACCACGGUUGGGGAGCACCUCCUCGCAGUGGAGAUGCGGCCGAAGGCUGCGUAUCGCCCCUUUGUGCCGACGUUGUGUGCCAAGGUGGCCCCGUUCCUUGUCGUUGGCCCAGAGGAGGCGUGA